ACAUCUUGUGUAUGAGACCUAAGUACAGGGCUUUACCAUCAUUGUAGACUAUUAUAACCGAGGAUAUGAUGCCACUAAUAGGAUCAGCAGUCCGAUGGGCAGUCGUUUGGUAUUGCAUGCUCGAAGGAUGUUUUAUGGCCAGCAUCACGAACUCUGGUUGGUUUUGGCAUAUAUCUGACAUCCAUUACGACUUCUCGUUUGAUGGUGGACGUCUGUCAUGUAACGGCAAAGUGGAGGGCUCCGCCCCUUACAGCAACUACUGGUGCGACUCCAACUGGCGGCUUACCGUCGACAGCUUCGCAGCCAUGGCUAGACUGGAACCCAAUGUCGACUUUCUCAUAUGGACAGGCGAUAAUGUGGCACACAUUGAGGAUGAACACUUAUCGAUGGAACUAAACAUCCACAUCUUGACGAACAUCACCUCACUGUUCGGUCAGUACUUCCCCACCACCACCGUGUACGCAGCACUCGGCAACCAUGACUACUUCCCUACCCACCAGUUCCCUUCGUCCAGCAACGUCAUGUACAACACCAUGGGCGAUCUGUGGGCUGGGUGGAUCAACGACACUGAACAAGUGGAAAACUUCAAACGAGGUGCUUUCUACACUGUUAAAACUGCGCACGGGUUGAGACUGGUGGCUUUGAACACAAAUCUGUACUACACUAGGAACAAGAAGGUCCGCAACGAGACGGAUCCAGCAGGACAACUGGCGUGGCUGAGGAAGACUCUCCAGGCGGCGGACACAGCUGGGGAGAAGGUAUUAAUGAUAAGUCACGUUGGAGUUGGUGUGUUUACGCCUGAUGACGUCAAGUGGAUGUAUACUGGUUUUCAUAAACGUUUUGUCUCGAUUCUUCGUGAAUACGGUCACGUGAUUACAGGAAUUCACUUUGGACACCAGCACGAAGAUUCCUUCAAAGUGCUGAAGACUACUGAUGGAAAGCCAGCAAUCCCAAUGUUGUUUGCGCCAUCCUUGACACCUUGGAGGUUUGUGUCGGCCACCAGUGGAUUUAUUGCACCCGAGCACAAUCCAGCCAUCCGCCUGGUUGAGUACGACCGCAGCACGGGGAGACAACUCAACAUUGUCCAGUUCUACACGAACCUCACGUCCACUAACCUCAACAACCGCUCCGACUGGACGCGGGCGUAUGACUUCAAGAAGGCAUUUGACGUCCGUGACGUCACUGCCUCGUCACUGCACGAGCUGGUACAGAGAAUGUGGCGCCCCGAAGGCGCCAAGUACUUUGACCGCCAUUACAAAUUCACCACCGUCAUCGCAGACCGUGACGACGACCCAACGUGUAACACCAGCAGCUGUAAGAGUGCUAUUCUGUGCGGCCUUGACAACAUUGACUACGACAGAUACGAUUCCUGUGUGGUGGAAUAUAAAAAGAGAUUCCAAACAUCCGGCUCUACACCGGUUCAGCUGUCAGAAGUAUAUAGACUGGCGUACGGUUUUCUACUACUUCUAGUGGCGUAUACUAGUAACUGCAUAUGACUGGAAAUAAUUUACUAGUUACAGCGAGCGCAAUGUAUAGUUCAUGACCACGACACGUAUCUAGUUAUCCAAGAAAGGAAGGACGGAAUUUUUGCUUUUGUUUCUUCUGUUUUUCCAAAUGAAUCUCUGCUUCUGUUACUUUUUAUAUUGCAAAUAAAGUCUAACUGUU